AUUCGGAGACUGCGCGUCUCCAGUGCUACGCGGGCAACUAUUCCGUUCAGACGUAUUUGCCGUGUGUUGUGCGUACAAUUCGGCGCGCGGUAUUCGAACUACAUUACCUACAAAGUUAAACACCGUUAUCUCCUUAACCUAGUUCUACGUGCUGCAAAUGUGAUUUAUUAAAAAAACGGUAGGAGGUAUGCGGGCUCCGAAGGUACCCGCUACCUUGCUACUGUUGCUAUUUGCAAUAGAAGCACUUGAUGCUAACAGAAGAAAAACAAAAGAGAAAAUACUACCAGCGACCAUAAACAUAUGUGACAUCAGCGAUCGAGACUCCAAAGUACAUUGCUACUGCGAGUUCAGUCAAGAGAUCAACGAAGCUGUAAAGACAGAAUGCUGGGUCUUCAAUGGAGGGAUAGAAAGAACGGACCCACUAUGGGCAAGCUUCACAUCCCAAUCCAAUAUAGAAACCCUAGCCUUCAAUGUAAGAGCAGAUGGAGGACUGGACUUUGUACCAUCAAAAGUCCUAAGAUACUUGAGAAAGGUUAAACACUUCAGUAUCAAAUACAGCUCAAUACACAAAAUAGAGAGCUACACAUUCGUCAACGUAACAUCUGUACAAGAAAUGACACUAACUAAGAAUCAAAUAGUCUAUCUUGGCAAACAUUCGUUUUAUAAUUUGCCAAAUUUAACGAUACUCACUUUAGAUGAGAACAGAAUAGUUGAACUAGAAACUGAAGUGUUCUACGAGCUACCGGCACUUCAGAAAUUAUAUCUUACUAGUAAUAACAUUACCGUCAUUCACGACGGCGCGUUCAAACAUCUAGUUAACUUAAUUGACUUAGAACUCGAUAGAAAUAAUAUAAGCGAUCUCAAGAAGGAGUGCUUUUAUGGACUUGCAAAUCUAAAGCGAUUAGAUUUAAGAAGAAACAAAUUAUCCAAACUAAAUUCAUUUACAUUUACUGAAUUGUGGAAUCUUCAGACAUUGUUGCUAGAUUAUAAUGAAAUUUAUAUUUUGGCCCAAAGGACGUUUGAUGGAUUAUCGCAAUUAAGGAAGUUGAGUUUAAGUCAUAACAAACUUGUAACUUUGGCCAGCAGCCUAUUCGAAGGGGUCAGGGGACUGGCCGCAUUAGAUCUAAGGCAUAACAAAUUAAAGAGGUUCACGUUCGAGAACCUCCACCCGAUCUACGACAACAUGAAGAAUCAAAACAGCUACAUUUACUUGGAAGGCAACGAAUUCCCGUGCGACUGUCAUCUCGCAUGGAUGCAUAAGCUUCGUCACGAGGCCAAAAGCGUCAAAGUACGAACAUCUCUCGAAAAUUUCAUUUGCAAAUUCAACGUGGAGCCUUCGUUAAAUUCACACUUUACUUAUUUCGAAAGGAGCGUUAUCGGAUCAAACAAUUUGUACGAUAGCGAUGACAAAAGUCAAAUAAGAGAUUAUUCGGAUAAUCCGGAUGAUUUUUUUCAAGACGAAACAGACGACGCUUACGUUGAUGAACCAAAAGCUGUUAAGGGUGAAAAUGAGAGGACAUUACUUCAGAUCCCAGUGGAAACGUUGCCAUGCCCGCAGGACGUUAAAAGUGUGACGGACAGGACGUACACCUACCCGUCACAGAAUGAGGCGAAAGAUUACAGGAACUUAAUCCAAUCUUCUAAAACGACAUCGAUCGGCUCAAACGUUCCCGUCUUUCUGUCAGCUUUUAUGGUAUUAAUAUGGACCACGCAACUGUAAAUACUAACCGAAUGGAGACGUAUAUAAUACUAUGUUUACUUUGUUCUUCUUAAAGGAAUAUUAAAAUUCUUGUUUACUAAGCUCCAUUAUUUUUCAUGAAACAUUCAUAUUGUAUGAGUACUAAGAAUGUAAAUAAAACUCAACCAGAAACUAAAAUGAGCAUCCUUAUGUAAAUACAUUCGCUUCUUGAAUUCAAAAGACCUUAUGAAAGUGUAAAUAGUAAUAUAAUUCUAUGUAAAAAAUGUGAUAUAAACUAUAAGUAUAAUUACGAUAGGCAAUUUGUCUUGGAAAAUGAAAUUUUAUCGUAGGAUACUUUUCUAAAAGAAAACUUGGAUUUUUCUCAUCAUGAAACUUGAUUUAUAUUGUUGCGAAUCUAUUGAGGAACUUUAUGUAAAUAUUUGAGAUAUUCAUAUAAUAAAAUAAAAUCAGUUGUAUAUAAUACAAGUUAUAAGUACAUAAUAAUAUUAAGAGGAAUGUGAAUUUGGAUGUAUUAUGUAAAAAUUAUAAUGAUAAGAUGUCUUUUGCCAAUGUCACUGUAUUGAUAGAAGAUUCACUUGAUGAUAAUGGACGAGACAAGAGAUGGAUGUAUGUUUUGGAACUUGGAGCCUGAUUGAAAGAAAGCGUUGUGUUUAAGUUCUUUACAACGUUGCAGAUAAACUUAUGAAUCUUGCUGAUGCUGUUGUUGGGCGUGGUAGACAUUUACAGAGUACAUUUCUGUCUUAUUAUAAUUAUGUUUGACAAUCAUGCUCACCUACGUAAAUAAUCUUUGAGUCUUCAAAUAAGUCCAAGUAAUGUUCCAAAAUCAACUAAUAUUACAGCUUGGUUCUAUGUGGCUGAAACCUAUCCACCAGACUCUUUUACAUAUUUAGAUUUAUCACCAAGAAUGUUUACAUAAUUUUAUCGACAACUUAUUCACACUAUACAACAAGUCUUUUGUGGUGACUGAAUGUACAGGAUGAAUAAAAAUGUAAAUUAUCAUCACACUUCAAUAGUUCCAUUAUUUGCGCGGUGAACGAUGUAUGCAUAAAACCUAGUAAUAUGGAGAUAAUGUACUAACCUUCACGGUCUACUUGAACACAGGAUACCUAAGAGGCGAUUCAAGUGACAUUUAAAAGAACCUUUAUGGAAUCUUUUGUAGGUCAUGUGGGCAGUAACUGGUUUGAAAAUCGUUACCCCAUAUAAAGAUAAAAUAAAUAAAAAGUACCUCGAUGGCACAAAAGGUACACCCGAGCACAUUUGAAGGGUAAAUUGAAUCAGUAAAAUAGGGUCACGUCCAUUAUCAAGUGAACAUUUAUUUCCUCCAUUUAAAACUAUUUUGUUUUGUAGCUCAAGCAUUUUGUGGGUAAACAUCCCAGCACUGACCGCAAACAUAGCAUUUAAUUGAAUCACUACAUACAACUCUGAGGUUGUGUUAAUAUUAGAUAUUCAGUUAAUGCACAAACAAUCCUAAAUGCUAAUGUUUCAAUCAAAUUGUUUAGAGGUAAAUUAAACUAUUUAUGAACUAAUUUUACCACAAAUGUUUAUAUUUGAUUUGUAUAAUUUUCAUCACGAUUUAUAAUAGGGAUGUUGACGAGGUAUGAAAAUUUUGUCAAUUAGGUAAUGAAAAAUUAUUGGACACGUAUUCUUUAUUUUGUCAUAUACGAUACAAAUACUUAAGUAAACCGAAUCAAAGUUUAGGAGUUGGAACAAAUACGUCAUUAAAUUUCUACGUAUCAAAUGUACCUAGUAGUGACGUCAUGCAAUAUUUCAAAUCGAAAGUAUUUGAAUUCUUAAAAAAAUAAAAAAUACGUGUCUAAUAUUGUAAAAUCCAAGUGUUUUUUAAGGGGGAGUAAAUCCUAGUUUGGAGCAAGAUUAAAAAAAAAAGAAAAAUAGAUUUAUCUGGAUUCAAAGUUACAUCAGCAAGGGUAUACAUAAAAAAAUCGUUAAAUACCAUUCAUUGAGACAGUAACAGUUCUUUGGACGAACGCCAAUAGGAUACAGAUAGUAUCGAAUAAGUGAAAAAUAACUGCUUUUAAGAAUUUUCUCGAUACAUUUUGUUAAAAUAUAACGCUAUAUUUUUCUUAGCGCUUAAAACUGGGUAAAGCUUUCUUAUAUUAAGUUUUUCUUACAUUACGUUUGUCUUUAUUACAUUUAUAAGGUUGACGUUACCUAUUAAUUAUGAUCCCAAUGCAAAAACAGUAAUCGAAAACUGAAAUAAUGUAUACAUUUUGAACAUAAGAACACUGAGUAAGAUAUGUUACCAAAUGUAAUAUUGCCUAAAAAAGGGUUGGUUCCAAGAAUCAUCAUCAUCAUCAUCAUCAGCCGAGAGACGUCCACUACUGAACAAAGGCCCCCUUAGUUAGGGGAAUAGGGAAUCAUAGGCCAGUAUAGAAUAAACUAAACAUCUUCUUAUGUAUAGUUUUCAGCAAUGUAUUUCAGUUCAGCCGACCGAAUGCAACUUACACCCAAACCAUGAACUAUCAUUUAAGUAAACACACUUUGUUUACUAUAUUUAUAAUUAUUUGUUCGAAUUUGUGGUAAAAUUAGUACCAACGAAAUUUUCUAGUGAAUUCAACAUUUCAUACAAAUGUAAAAUCUAAAUAAACUAUCACAUUUUUUGUGUAUUUUGUAUGUUCACGUAAAUAUUAUAAGUUAAGUUAGGUUACUCAAUGUAAAUAGGUAAUUCUUUGUAAAGUAAUUUAUUAAUUAAUCAUUUAUAAUUUCAUUAAAGGUUGAUGUUGGAAAUGUC